AUGCACAAGAAAUAUGAUGAGGCUGGCUCUCGUCUAGCAGAGGCAUUUGCCAAUUCACUCAAGGACACAGUGCAUGAUGGUUUCGCUCAGAAAUGUAACACAGUGCUCAGCAGCGUGUUUGGUGGUAAUAGUCUUGUUAUGGCACAAAUCAGUGAACUUGGCAACUUGCUCUCUGGCCUACUGAACAAGAUGGAUACAAAAGAGCAAGAAGAAAAACAGAUAUCUUAUAACCAGGUCAUGCUAAAAUGUUUGCUCUUAUUUCUCAAAAUUCAACAAGAUUACCACAAGCAGUGUACAGAAGUCAUAUCUUCAUUUAUUCAAAGUAUCAACCAGCAGUCAAGUACUGAUCUUUUGUCCUUACUGGUCAGUCUCGACUUGACUAGUAGCCAGCUGUCUCCAUCUAACACAGACUUUACCUCUUUACAAAGUGGUGAUUCCCAAAUCCCUUCACAUUGGCCAAAGACAGGAGUGCAGCCAUUAGUUGGGGCCAUUGGUAAAAAUGAGAAAGGAGCAUCUGCCUAUGUAAAGAGUUCUGCAGCCAAAGCUAAUGGCCAGUUAGCUUCUGAAGAAGAACUAAAUAGUGUGAUCAACCUUUUGUCUGGUGGGAUGGUGUUGUCCCAGCCUCCUCCAGCCCCACCACCACCACCACCUCUUCACAUGCCUAACCAGCUACAACCAUCUCCUUUACUGCAUGCCCCUCCAACUGGAGGUUCUGUAUUUGGCUCUUUGCUCACUUCAUCUGAUGCUGAUGAUCAGCACAAGAUGUACAGAGCCAAUGCACAUCGGCAUUCUGAAGGCUCUCUAGAUCUGUCUGGUAUGACAACUCUUAGUAGUGGGGGUGGAGCUGGCAGUGGGGCUGGCUCAAGUGGCCGAGGAGGUGGCCGGAACACGUGGCCUCAUCCAAACCACCAUCACCGAUCAAGUCUGCCUGCAGGCCCUCUUGGAUCACAUUCACUACUUAACUAUGACUCACAACAGCAACCACCACAGGAAGAUUAUCCCAGAAUGCUUGACUCUACAGGAUCUUUGGAUCAGCAUGGAUCACUUGGUGAUGUGUAUCUUUCUGCAACUUGCCAUCCACAUGACUUACAGUCGGGACUCUAUGCAUUGUCGACUUGUGCUGGAGGUGGCAAUUUUAUGUCAAAUUCACACUGGACAUUUCCAGAUACAAAGCUAAACAGAACUUGGCCUGUAUCAAGCCUUAGCACAGGAGGAGGAGGAGGGUAA